AUGCCUCUUACCAACGACAAGAUGAAUGCUAAGCAAUAUGUUCAAAAUCGUGAAUCUGUUGCCCAUCAAGCCCGCCCGGAGAAGCGAUCAUUGACACCGCAGCCGAAUUCUGGACGUGAACGGUCGCAACAUCGUCAAGAUGAAGCUUGUCGCAAAGUCCAGCAAUCAAGUCACAGCAAAGAAAACAACGAAGUCAUCAGUCGCCGAGAAGCCGCAAAGCUGAAGCUAGAAGUCCCGAAUACACUGACGAAUUCGAGUUCAAAGCUUGCUCAGCCAGCAGGACAUGGUGCUGCCCAAGAGCGAGCCGUGGUUCAGCAAAGCAUAUCUUCUCGCCCUGCACCAACUGCAGGACACCGUCACAAUGCCUUCGACGAUACUCAAAGCAUCCAUUUUGAUGAUUCAAUGAGCUUGGCCGAAGAGAAGAGUGGGCGCUCGAAGCCCUCCUUCAGCUUUCACCAUGGUGGGAACAUGCCACCUAUCUGGAACGACGAUCCUCCUUUCUACCCUCCUCUCAGUCCUUUUGAAGGCUCAAAAUUUGUAUUCGGGAAACACGAGAAGGCCUCAGCACUGCCUCCAGAUUGGCAAGCUCGAGUGGAUGCUGAAAGACUCAGGCAGGGCUUCGAUGCAGUGCAUGGCACACGGUUCGCUCACAAUACUGGCCCGGCGAACUAUGGGAAAGAUGACCAGGAGGAAGAGUCCGAACAGGACGGUGACAUCGAAGAAGGAACGUCUAUUGCAGAAAACACGCCCUCACGCGUUCGAAUGGCUCCUGGGCUUAAGGAUAGACCUAAUCCCGGCAAAGAGAAAGUAAAGAGGGGGACCAGGGCUGAAGAACCGACGACUCGCCUUUUGCCAAACCACAGGAAGUCUCCCAGUGACGCUACAUCGGCUGUCGUGGUCGAGCCUUCGAGCAGACAGCCAGUCAACCGCUUCAAUGUUUACAAGUCCCUCGAGGCAGACGCUGAAACCGGACCCCAGGACCAUCUUCAUCCGACUAUCCAACAGCCUCAGUCGCAUGCAUCACUGGUUCAUCCGCCAGCCUUUUCUUCCAAGAUGUCUUCUCUUCACGAAUCGUCUUCUGAUGAAGAGCAACCUCAAGCAAUACAUGCCUCAAACUCUCCGCGACUAGCCUCUAAACGUCAUUUCCCAGAUUUAGACCUAGACUUCGACCCAGAAGUCCUCAAAACCAAGACCAUGGCGGACCUUGACGCAAUCCCUUUCACAGCUGACCCCCGAUCGGGCGCAUCAGAGCCUGCCCUUGAUGCAAAUGGCACACCAAUGAGUCUCUCCGCCAAACUCACGAACCUAACUAAAAUGCGUCUCGAAGACCAACGAUACCUCUUCAAAUCCCUCACCGACACGGAGCGGGAGCAGACGGCAGAGUGGUUUGUAGAAAAAGUCAAGGCCAAUAUGCAGAAGCUGAUGGCCGUGCGGUUGGAGAGGAGGAAAAUCGCUCUGAAGUUUGAGUGGGAAGUGAAGAAGAGGGAGAGGCAGGUGGAGGUGAAAAGGGGAGAUGUGGACCAAGAGUUAGCUGAACUUAAGAAGGGGGGCGGAGAACUGAUUAGGGGGAAAUCACCCGCAAAGUGA